AUGAGUCGCGACAAAAAGUUCGCGCUCGUUACAGGAUGCGGAAAAGGUGGCAUUGGCGAAGCUCUUGUUCAAGAAUACACUCGCCGUGGCAUCUUUGCUAUCGCGACUGUGCUUCCCAACGAGAACAGCGAUCAUCUAACGGCCACGGGAAUCACCUGGUUUCCUCUCGACGUGACUAAUGAGGAGUCCGUCAUUAGCCUCAAGGAAAAACUAUCUUCACUUACUGAUGGCUAUUUGGAUAUUCUGGUGAAUAACGCCGUUAUGUUGACUCUAUAUCGGGAUCUCUUAGGCUACACGAUGACUGCCAUUGACACGGAUGUUGAGGCGGUCAGACGAAUGUUUGAAGUCAACGUCUUUGGCCCAAUGCGGAUGGUUCGUCACUUUCACGGUAUGCUCAUUGAGGCCGCUGGGACUAUUGUAAAUAUUGGGUCCAUCGGCGGUGUUGUACCAUAUAUGUAUGGAGCGUCAUAUAACGCCUCCAAAGCUGCCCUUCACCAUUAUUCCAACACUCUACGACUUGAAAUGUCACCAUUCAAUGUCAAAGUGCUGACCGUCAUCUCCGGGGAAGUUGGCACAAACAUUCUCAAGAAUGAUGUUCACCGAGAAUUACCUGAAGGGUCAUACUACGAGCCUCUGGCAGACGACUUCCGAAAUCACGUUCAAAGAACACCCAAGACUACAAGUAGAUUUGAGUACGCCUCAAAGGUCGUAUCUCAGAGCUUGAGGCCGUCUCCGGCCCCGUGGUUUUGGACUGGCAGUGCUACUGGCAUUAUCCGCUUCUUAGACAUGUUCGCAUGGCGCACCAUCUGGGACUUUCUCUUCUAUCGUGAGUUCAAUUUGAACAAAGUGAGGGAAGCUCAUCUUACAAAGAAGAAGAACGCAUGA